CUGAUGGCAUGCCACGCGUACUAGAGUUCGAAGCAAAGGCACACUGUUUACAAGUCGAGGAAGAUGAGCGCUGCUCCAAAGCCGCAUAUGGUUGUUGGCAUUGACUUGGGAAUGACAUGCACUGGAGUUUCGUACGCAAAUCUUUCUAUCGGCAGUGAGACGAUUCGCUGGGUCCAGAAGUGGCCAGGCCGCUUCCAAGCCAACGAGAACAAGGUACCCACAGUCGUGGUAUACCCAAUUGGGAGCAAGAAGCCAUCAUCAUGGGGCUUCUUAUCGGAGACUGCUACAGAAACUACCUCCGAGGAUAAAGAGUACAAGGAGUGGUUCAAGACGUGCCUCGAUGCAGACAAGCUACGGCAGAAGCAGCUUGAAGACCCUGAAGGCGCACCAGCGAACCUGGAGGAAGUUGAACGCUGGUACUGCGAUUACCUCCAAAAGAUGUACGACUAUUUAAAGUACAAGCUAGGUGGCGAGUUGUCUGGCGUUACCUGGAAGACAGCGCGAGUCGAAUUCAUCUUCAGCGUACCAACCACGUGGGCUCCUGUACCAACAGUAGAGAACUUCAAACGCAUAGUGCGCGAUGCAGGCUUCCAAUCUCAACCCAACCAUAGCGUCACUAUUGGUCUUACCGAAGCAGAAGCCGCUGCUGUUUAUGUUUCGAUCGAGGCACCCGGUAUUUUCCACGAAAACGAUAUACUGUUAAUCUGCGAUGCUGGCGGCGGAACAACAGAUCUGAGUGUCCUGCGCGUCACUGGCACCGUGAAUCAGUGUAUCAACUUGCAGCAACUGGACGUGGUUCUUGGUGAGACUAUAGGCAGUGCUGCUAUCGACUAUGAGUUUGAGAAACUGGCUGCGCAGCGCCUGAUUGCGGCUCACAGGACUAUCCCUCUACCGGUUGAUCCCGCCGAUGCGGCCUGGGAGAUGACGAAAAGUAAGGAUUUUCAAGCUGUCAAAUGCGAGUAUGGUGCACCGGACGAUACACCUAUCUUCAGCAUUGGCAUUCCGCGUGUACCUUAUACAUACUGUAACGAUGAUCCCGAAGCACGGGUCCGCAAUGGCGAACUGGCCUUUGGUCGGCAUGACCUGCAGCGUUUGUUUGACAAGCAGAUAACCAAACUCUUCAACCUCAUCGAUAAUCAACUUGAGAUAUUGCACCAGAAGCUUCCGAACGAGCAGAUCACACAUCUCGUUUUAUCGGGUGGGCUGGGAAAUAGCGCGUAUGUACAGGCUCGGCUCAAGCAGCGCUACGAGGAUGCAGAUAUUUCAAAUGCACGGAAGAUGUCUGUUCGCAUAGCGCCAGAUCCUCAGCUUGCUGUGUGCAAGGGGCUUGUCGCCGACCGUAUUCGCAAGUUACUCACCUCACGCUCUGUACUCGGCUGGCGUUGCUGUAGAGCUUCAUAUGGCACCGCAUGCAAGAUAGCGUUUGACAAGCACAAUCCGGAACACCAAGGAAAGCACCUAGUUAAGGAUCCACUCAACGGAAGAAUGUAUAUGCCGCAAGCGAUAGCAUGGUUCGUCAAAAAGGGUGAGCCAGUCAGCGUCGAUAACCCCAUCAUUCACCGGUUCGUGAAGAAUGUCAGCCCUGGAGACCCACGACGGGCAUUCCCAACAAGCGUCAUCGAAAGCAAUCUCGAAGCUUCACAGCUACCAAAACAAAUGAACCAGCGCAAGUAUACGGUAUCACUUUCAUCUGUUCACUCACUAAGAGCGCUUUACAGACACCCGUCUUCUCUGCAACAUAUCCUCCGACCUUUCUGAUUCCGAUGAGAAGAAGUUCGUAGCCAAAAACGCACACUUCUGGUCCGUCAAGAAGCAGUAUUUGCGCAUAGAAUACGAAAUCCGCGUCAUCAUCGGCCCAGCAGAUAUCUGCUUUGAGCUCUGGUUCGACGAUCAAAAAGUCAGUCGCGACGAGUCUAUCUCCGUCGAAUGGUCGCCCUCUAAGCCCCCCGCAUCUGAGGUUUUCGACCCUGCGACAUAUGGUAGGGCAGAGCUGCCAGAUACGCCGCUUGUAAGCAUGAGCGGUGGGCUGGAGAAGGGAAGCAUUGAAGAUAGAUUGAAUGGAAAGAUUGAGAGGACCGGAACGAACGUUGUGAGAAAAGAGAGGGACGAACAGGGCAAAGUGAAGAAGAAGAGAGUAAUGACUGGAUUGCUAGACAGGGCUAGCGCGGGAAAGUGGUCGCUUGCAUCUUAAUCAAAUCUUGCAUUGCUGAACAAGAACCAGC